GUUGAAUUUACCAUAGAAUUAGUAAUUGAAUAUGUUGGAAUAAUUAUUAAUUUUACUUUAUUAUUGCAUGAUUUGUGUUUAAUUUUUUCCAUUUAUUUUGAUUGUUAUUCUAGAGUUUUUUUUUAAUUUAUUGUUUUGUUGUAUUGGCAUAAUUAUUGAAUAAUUACUUGAAUUGUAAUUCUUAAUGUUGAAUUUACCUUAGGAUUAGUAAUUGAAUAUGUUGGAAUAAUUAGUAUAGAUUGGGUAAAUUGGUUGUGGCUAUUGUUAAUAUGUGCAGGUUUGUGGAUUUGGGUAGUAUCCGGUAUAGGGGAGGUGCUGUCGAAUUUUUUUUUUACAUUUGAAUUUAAUUAUAUAAUUAUUUGUAUCAAAUUGUGUAGAUGCGUAGAACGAAAACCAGAGCUGGUCGCUCAAGUGCGGUCGCAGCUAGUUCGUCUAGCAGCGAGGAUGAUAUUUCCUUAGGUGCCUCUCAAGAAGAGGCACCUACACCACCUGCGCCGUCAACCGAUGCUGCCUCUUCCAGCGGUACUUCACAGCGCAGAGGCGGCGUGCCUUCGCAGCGGAAUCAAUUUACCCGCAAGUACGAGGCACAGUGGAAGGACGACCUUUCAAUGUUCACAAACAUUGAAGCCGCCCGAGUAAUAUCAUCGGCGUUUAAAUCAUCGAUGGAGAUUCCAUUGUUUCAAUGGAGUCAGAUAUCCAAGCAUCCUGAAUGGAUGCCUCAAAUCAAUGCAUGGUUUAACAGGUUUGAGGUUGGUAUUAAUUUAUAAUUUUCAGCUUAUUAAUAUAAUUGUAAAUAAAUUAUUAUUUUUAUUUAAACUUGUUUAUUUAUACACAGCACAAAUUCUGCUGGGACAUUGAGCAUAACACUGUUGUGAGGAGGGUGUGGGAAAAUCA